AUGCCUCUUUCCUCUCGUGACGACCAUAUACAGUCUAUGGUGACGACCAGUGUAGCAGCUCGUUCCCUGAUUGGAGAGAUGGAUAACGACAUCAGCCAUAUGUCGAGGCCCUUCUUGGACAUUAGUACAGUGAGGACAGUGAUGCUCCGUCCGGACCGCGCGCCCCCCGGGGGGCCCUGGGGACACGCGGACGCGCAGCAGCACCUCGUCCUGGACGACGUGCCCGCGCUCAACAGGGAGGAGAAGAGGAGGAGGAGGCGCGCCACCGCCAAAUAUCGAUCCGCGCACGCCACCAGGGAGCGCGUCCGCGUGGUGGCCUUCAACGUGGCCUUCGAGGAGCUGCGGAAGCUGCUGCCCACGUUCCCCCCCAACAAGAGGCUGAGCAAGAUCGAGACCCUGAGACUGGCGCUCUGCUACAUCUCUUAUCUCAACCACGUGCUGGGGGUGUGA